AUGAUUUAUGAUUUUUAUUGUACAGGCUCGGACGAUCAAGUUACAUUAGUCGAUAAUCAACUAGCUUAUCGUCGUAUCAAACUACGUCCUAAAAUUUUUGUUGACGUUUCUUCUCAUGCAGCAUUGAGUUCAGUGAAUCGUCAUACAAAACUUUUAAAUUCUUCUGUAACAAUUUCAUUUCCAUGUAUCAUUGCUCCAACAGCAUUACAUCAUUUAGCUAAUCGCGAACAUGGUGAAUUAGCUACAGUUCGUGCAGCUGUCGCUCAUUCAACGAUUAUGUGUGUUUCAACAGCUGCAUCAACUAGUAUGGAAUCAAUAGCUGAAGAACACCAACGCCAAAUUAAAGAACAUUAUCCUCAAAGUCAUUCACAACUUUGGUAUCAACUAUAUGUAUUUCCAGAUCGACGACGAACACAACAGUUAAUUCAACGAGCUGAACGUUGUGGCUACAAAGCAAUUGUAAUUACAGUUGAUAUGUGCGUAUUAGGUAAUCGUGAAUGUGAUAUACAUAAUGAUUUUGCCUUGCCUGAUGGUAUUCGUGCUGAAAAUCUGAUCGAUGAUACUGGUGAUGAUGAUGAUGAACUUUUUAAUCGACCUUAUGAUUCAUCUUUAUCAUGGAAAGAUCUGGAAUGGUUUCGAUCAAUUACACAGCUUCCAUUGAUUAUUAAAGGAAUUCUACAUCCUGAUGAUGCACGUCAAGCUGUACGACAUGGAGUUCAAGGUAUCGUCGUAUCAAAUCAUGGUGGACGACAGUUGGAUACCAGUCAAUCGACGAUUGAAGCUCUGUCUGAUAUCAUACGAGUCGUAAGAGAUGAAGAAAAAAAUUAUGAAAUAGAUGUUUAUGUUGAUGGUGGUGUUCGACGAGGAACAGAUAUUUUAAAAGCCGUGGCUCUGGGAGCCAAAGCUGUGAUGGUAGGAAGACCAAUUUUAUGGGGUUUAGCAGUCGAUGGGGAAAAAGGUGUGAACAAUGUGUUGCAAAUAUUGAAAAACGAAUUUCAAACGGCUAUGAUGCUGUGUGGAUGUCAAACUAUCGAAGAUAUUAGCAAAAAUAAUAUUUUAGUGAUGAAUAAUAACAACAACAUAUCAAAGUUAUAA